UUUUUCGAUAUUGACGGAAUAUGUUCUUCAUAUCUCUUCACAAAAUUGCAAAAUUUCAGACGUCUGCAGGAAUUUAAAAUAAAGUUAUAAAGCUUAAAUUAGAGUUAGGAGUUAGUACUAUGGUAAAGAAAACGAUUAGUAAUACAAAUAAUGGGAUUGUGACAGUGAGUAGUUAAGAGCAAUUGUCUAUGGUAAUAGGCCUAGCGUGUUAAUCUUCGUGCUGUUGUAAGUUUUAGUGCUGGUGAAACGUUGGCAUGAUCGAUUCCUUUCAAUGCCUCUAAACUUCUAAGGAUCACCUCAUGAAUUGUGUUGUACGUCAUGUGCAUUACUUUUGCACUCAACCGAAUUGGACGCAACAUUGAUUGAAGUGUACUCAAGAAAGUUGACAUAAGUGCAUUAUUGACAUCAAAACGAGAAAAUGUUACCAGUUCAUCUGAAUAACCAAUGGAUUUGGAAGGACGAGACUGAUACAUUGGAACUCGUCAAAAACACUAGCUAUUCAGAACUCGCCACAUCAGACAAGAAAGUUUCAAAGCCACAGACAGCUGCACAUCAAAGACAAAAUGAUAGGAUUGCUGUGUUGGAUUCAUUUGGGAAAUAUUGUGGAAGAUAUAAUGUGGCUACAUCAGUGAGAAUUUCAUCAGCACGACCAGGAGUUCUGGAACAUGAUUUUGUCACCUUACAUGAUGUUAAAAUGGCUGCCAAAAACAUUUUUAAGACAAAUAAGAAUAACCUGUUGUUUUCAGACUUGUAUUUUGGCUCUGUUCAACUUGAUAAUUUUCUUUAUGCCAUUCUUCAUUAUUUUGAUGCUUUCUUUGAGAGAAAGACAUUGGAAGAAAAAGCAAAACCAAUGGCUGUAACUUUAAACAAAGUAGAACUGAAGUCUAAGAAAUUUGUUUUGCUUGUAGACAAAGAAGCACAAAUGAAAAAGGCCAUUGCAUUAACAUUGAAGAAAGAGGAACAGGCAAAACAAUCUCUUGCACAAUUUUAUGGAGUUUUACUGUUGGGUUUAGGAUUAGAAGAUGCUCAUCAUAUGAACUGUGGAAGGAAACGAAACUCAGCCGGACAUAAAGAUCGUAAUCUGUAUGAGAAUUUAUAUAGUUUUGCUGAGUUAGUAAGUUGGAUAGCAUUUCGAAGACCUGACAUUACUAUUAUCAAAUGUGAAUUGGGCAGACUACUGCGUUCGCAAACAUUCAAUCCAGCAACAAGACCAAAGCAGGUCCAAGAAAUUUACGCUAAAGAUCGCCUGAAAAAUGAUGAUUUUAAAGUUUCUCUUUCUCCAGCCGAAUAUCGAAGGCUUCAACCGAAAAGACCGGCCAUCAAGUCCAUAGUUAAUCAAAGAUCUCCCGUCAUCUCAGCAUUGAUACCAACUUCUAGUGAGGCAGCGAGACAACGUAGAAAUAGACAAGACAAAGAUAUAACGACGGAGUAUAAAUGCUCAAUGGAACGUCCUAAAAAAGUGGGUAUCAUUGGUGAGCCAUUAAUCAGAUUUAAUCCCGAAACUCUGAUCGAAUUGGGGGAUCCAGAAACGAAUCACUCAGAACAACUAAAGGAUGACGCAUGCAGUAAUAAUGAAAGCAAUAAUAUAGCUGCUGAUCAAACUUGACUAAAGAUAAAUUGUUCAAGUGUUGAAAGACAUUUAGUUGAGAUGCAAUGUUAAUGAAACUCCCGCCAUUUCCAGUGAUGUCAUGAACGUUCCAACAUACAACCUUUCUACGACGGCAUCUUUUACAGUCUCUUUUCAAAACCGUAAUAGUUCCAGUUAGUGAACGUGUAUAUGGUCAGUAUGCGCAUAGUCACGUGGCUCUACUUUACUUACCCAAGUAUUUUACAGCAUCUUUGCAACAAUAUAAAAGUUCUAUGCCGUAACUCCGAGAUUGUUCACCAUCACACCAAUUUUAUCAUCUCAAAGACAAACAUACCUUGUAUGUUUUAUUCAAUUAACAUUGAUCUAGCUUACAAACAGAAUUUAACAAGAUACAAACACACUUUUUCUCAAACAAAACUUGGCAGAGUUCUUUUUAUCCUCCGUGCACAUAUGCUCUAUCAUCAUUUCGACCAAUUCUUUCGAAGUGGAUAGCUUAAUGAUAUGAGUAUAAGGGGAAUUUAGGUGUGUAUGAAUAAAACUAUUUAUUGCAGAUUAAACCAUGAAGUUUUCAUGAA